AUGACGACUACGAUUCAGCAUCCGUCUCUUGGCCAGAUUCGCGGAAAGGCUGUCGACCAUGUUACGCAGUACCUCGGCGUGAAGUAUGCGUCGCUGAAGGAUCGCUUUGCCGAGGCGGAGAUGAUUACGGGGCCAAUGAGCGAAGAUGUGUUUGAUGCUACAGCAUACGGACCGUACCCGGUCACUCCGCCUGAGGGAAUGGACAUUGAGUUCCAGGUAAUCCAACACUCGCUCCCCAAGCCCGACCCCGCCCCAGUCAUGUCGGACGUGGACUGCUUAAACCUCAACAUCACGGUCCCGUCCAGCGUAUCCGGAAAGCCAGCAGCAGGCCUACCCGUUCUAGCAUGGAUCCACGGCGGCGGGUUCCUCUUCGGUGGGAACUAUUUCCCCGCGUACGAUUUCAAGCGCCUGGUCAAGCUGGGCAUGGAGAUUGACAAGCCGUUCAUCGGCGUCAACAUCGGCUACCGCCUCGGAAUCACUGGCAUGCUCACCUCGUCCGAAAUGCGCGCUGCCGGAUACAAGCCGAACAACGGGCUGCGCGACCAAGCCGUCGCGCUGCGAUGGAUCAAAGCGCACAUAGCGGGCUUCGGCGGCGAUGGGGAAAACGUGACAAUAAUGGGCGAAAGCGCGGGCUCCGCGUCCAUCUUCCACCACCUGCACAACACUUCCCCCCUCUUCCGCCGCGCAAUCCCCAUGUCCGGCACCCCGCUCCUGAGCAAGCCGCGCUCGCCCGCCCAGGCAGAAGCCACCUACAGGGCCGUGACAGCGGAGCUGGGAUUGAGCAAAUACACGCCCGCCGAGCGCAUCGCCCUGCUUAGAACCAUGCCCAUGGAAGCCCUGCUAGCCGCAACACCCGACGAACUCUCCCUCAUCCCCGUGCAGGACCCCGCCACCGUCACCGCGCCCACCAGCCUGCGCGCGCUCGCCGCACUCACACCCCCUCCCCACCGUCCCUGGUGCCAGCACCUCCUGACAGGCUCCUGCGCCGCCGACGCCCACGCCUUCACCUACCUCGCACCGCGCGCCUUCGAAGCCUCCGCUGCCUCUCUCGCCCAAGCCUUCACUGCCUCCGUCUCCGCCUCCCUCGCCUCGACCCCCGCUCUCGCUUCCAACCUCCUCGCCGCCUACGCUAUCACACCCGACCUCGCCCGCGAUGAGGCCGAAAAGCGCAUCGUAGCCUUCGGCAGCGCCACGGCGUUCGCGGCGCCUGCUCGCACGUACGCGGGCGCGGGUUUGGCGGAAAAAGCACACGUCUACGCGUUCGAGGUGCGCAAUCCGUGGAAGGGCCCCUUCAAAGGCCACGCGACGCAUAUUCUGGACGUGGCCUUGGUGUUUGGCAAUUUUGAAGAGUUCUUGCCUGAGGAGGUUAGGGGAGUGGCGAGGGCGUUUGCGCGGGACGUCGUGGCGUUUGUGGGGGGGGAGGAGCCGGGGUGGGACGGGGUUAAGGGGGCUGAGGGGGGUGAGGUACGGGUUUAUGCCGAUGGGGGCGUGGGCGUCAGGGGCUGGGCUGAGGGCCAUGUCUUGAUGGACGUUACGCGCGAUGUGGGCGAGUUGGAUUUGUUGGCUGGGGCUUGGGAGGCGUUUUUGGGGGGGCAGUAG